AUGUCUUUCUACGCCCCUCCAAACCAGCAGCGCAGCUUGCGCGCUUGCAUGGUCUGCUCCGUUGUCCAAAUCCACAAUAAAUUCAUGCGUGAAGGUUGCCCAAACUGCGAAAGUACCCUCCAGCUCCGCGGAAACAACGAUGCCAUUCAAGAAUGUACCUCCCAGGUCUUCGAGGGCCUAAUUGCCGUUCGAGAUCCGGCUGCAAGCUGGGUCGCUCGUUGGCAGCGACUCGAUAACUACGUGGCGGGCACAUAUGCGACUAAAGUGACGGGGACACUUCCGGAAUACAUCAUCAACAGUCUAGAGGAUUCCGGUAUCAAAUAUGUUCCGUACGUGUCACCCUUACCCCUGCUCGGUGCCCAACCUUAUACGAUGUCCACCCCAUGCUGA